GCGGGGAGCGCGGCCCUCGGAGCGCGCAGCCGCCGCCUGCGCGCCCCGGCGGUCCUACACCGCGAUUUUCCUUUUUUUAAAUUUUAAAAAACUUUUCUUAUCCCACUUCGCUCUCGGGACUGGAAGCAGGAUCCGCGUCCCUGCAACUGCUAUGCCAGCUGAACUCUCCCGGGCCGUGGGAAUGCACGCCAUCUCCGACCUGCACUCCUCCCUCCCCCUACGGCUCCUCAACAAGGGGCCCGAGUACCUCCGCAGGCAGCUGGAGGCCGGCAAGCCGGGCAGGAAAAGUGCCGUGGAGAGACUGGCCGCCGAUAAGGCCAAGUACGUAAAGAGCCAGCAGGUCAUCGGCACCAGGCAGGAUCCCGUCAUCGCGCUCAGCUCAGCCUCGGAGAGCAGCAGCGAGACCUGCUCCGUGGAGAGCAGAGCGGCGAGCAGGGAGCUGGGCAGGGGCGCGAAGCCGCGGGAGCUGGGCACGGCGGGGAGCUCCUGCCGAGCCCCCCUGCAGCACGGCCCUCCCAUCGCCCGGCGCAGCACCAAGAGGCAGAUGCGGCCGGAUUCCCUGGUGAUCUACCGUCAGAAAUGUGAGCUCGGGAGAGGUCAAAGCCAGGACAGCUCACGGGGGAACUUGGUGAGGAGGAUCUUCCAUGGGCCCAUAAAGGAGAAGCAGUUGGCUUCCCCUGCUUUGCCCAGAGUCAUGGAGGACAUCGCAGCCACCGAGAGCGCUGAGCCUGUCUCAGCAAAAGAUGGUGACCGUGAGCCAAGCGACCAGGGAGCGGUGCAGACUAUCCCUGUGAGCACUGAAGGGGCUGGGGUAUGUACAAAAGAGCAUGAGAGACCCUUAAAACUGAGUACACCUCCUGAAGAGGUCAAGGAGGUGAAGAGGAGAGGUCUCCAUCGCUCCCAGUCGGACAUCAGCUCUCGCUACUCCAAGUCCUUCGCUGACUCUGAAACAUUUUUCAAGUACUGUGGCCUGGAGCAGGAGGUCAUUGAGGAUCUUGGGAGAGAGAACUUCUCUGUGGUGUCUGACAAUGUCUCCUUCAAGAUCCGCAGCAUCAGCGUGGCAACAUCGGAGAGUGAAUUCACGAGGCACAGCGGGGACGAGGGGCUGCUGGAGGACGAACUGACAGAGCAGGUCCCCAGCAGCACCUCUGUGAUUGAGCGCAACGCUCGGAUAAUCAAAUGGUUGUACACGUGUAAGAAAGCCAAAGAGACCAAUAAGGCGAUCCAGGAACUGGCGUGAUGGCUUCAUUCAGCUUGCGUAGGAGCCUGGUGAACUCAAGAAUUGUUGACUUGGAAAUUGAACAAAACCCGACGCAGGAAGAAACUGUUUCUUCAUCUGGCUUAUGUGUACCUUGUCCAAGUUUAGUAUUUUGUUAUUGCUUCCUACCUUCACCCCCAUCCCCUGGAAACCUCACUCUUGUCAAGCCCAAGUGUGUCCAAGACUGCAGUGAAAAGCGGAGAUUGUGAGCUGUGCCCCAGCAAAACAGCAGGGAACAAAAUCCCCUGGAAGACUGAAGUGUGGCAGCAGCUGCUAUCCACAAUAAUAUUCAACAUCAGCUCACCGCCUCAGGAUGUCAUUCCAGGCUGUGACAGAAGGUCUGUUUUGUGCACCCAUCUCUUUCCAGAAAUGAAUUUGUCAACAGGCAUUUGGGGACAAAGUGGGAGUGAAGUGGCAAUGACCUCUGGGUCAGGUGUUCCCUUGCAGACAGACUCCACCUGGAUGUCCAAAGGCUGUGCCUUACCAGGGCUGUUUGAUCAGAGCUCAUCCUGACAUCAUUCACCAUCAUUUGCUUGGCUGGUGAGGACUAACUAUGGCAGCCUUAUCUGAGAUACUUGGCAAACAUGUAAGCUAAAUCCCUGCCAAACCUCUCUUUCUCUGAGAGCAUGCAAGCCAAACCAGUGUACCUUGUAUCCACCUACUUUGCUCUUGCCAGUUUGUCACACAGCUUGCUCAGCCAUUUGGAAACAAUAGCCCCAAAUACUUCCAGGAGCAUGGUUCCAGGAAACAGGUCUUGAGGGAGGUUUUGCAUUGUUUCUGCCUUGCAGAACGGUACAAUUUGUUUGUGUGCCUGAGUCUGACAUGGCAAACGUGGCAAGGUUUGGCAGUCGUGGUGAAACACCUUUGGUUUUAAGCAGUGAGUAGUGAGCAGGCUGUUACAGGAUGGCAUUAGGGAGCUGUGCCAGGCUGUGUUAAGCCACACUUCCCCACUGUGGGUCUGCAGUCGGGCUGUGCGAGGCGGCAUCGCUGCACUGCAAGGCAGGAAGGAAUGUUAGGGCACAGCCAGGCCAGGGAAUGUCCUGAUGACACCCAGUGUAGACAGCACCUCACUCAAUAUCAUCAGUAAAAUGCUUCAUUUGGGCUGCCUGAGCUAAACAUGUUUUAAAAGGUGAUGCUUGGAUCAUUAGUGUAGUGAAUGAGGCCUCUGCAGUAAGUCAUGGAAUGUGCUGGCUAUGCCUCAAACACCCCAAUUUGUCAUUGCUUGCUAGAAAAUUAAAGCAUUUCUAUAUGGACAUUUCAAACCACAAAACAAUAAAAAAAAAUUAAAAAAAAAACAAAAAACAAGGGAAAAAAAAAACCAAAAGCCAAAGCACUUUCAUUUGCAGUUAUACCCAUCUGUGAAAGCUGCCUGACUGGCACAAUGUUGACUUCAGCUGUAGGUCCUGUAGAGGUUAGAAGCUUACUUUUUGUUACCAUGGUUGUGGAAGAGUUGCCCUUGAAGAGCUCAUCAACAUCAGCUAAAUAUCAUCUGAGUUGCACUUCCAUGGGUUUUAAAUGUGCUUGUCAGUCCUUGGAUGGUUAGUUCUCAAUUGCAGCACCAGUUUGGAAAUGCAAUGUCUUCUGUUUCUAGUGUUAGGUAUUAAGGCCUACAUGUCUGAAGUUCUUUAGAUAACUAUUCCAGAUAAAAUAAUUGUGGAACCCACUUUUCAACUGAAAGAAGACGAAGUAGUUUGUGUGAGCUCCUUCAAACUUGGAGAGAAGGUAGCAUAUGUGGAUAUUUUCUUACAUAACAAAAUCUCCAUAUAUAUUUGUUACAUUAUUAUAAAAGGAUGAUUCUCAGAAAACUUCAAGAUGCUGCUAAUAUGAUAAGAUUUGUACACUGAAGGUGCAGGUUCUUAAGGAUCACAGUCUAGGUUUAUUAGUCAGGAACAUAAUCUGUUUUAUCUGUUCUGUUCAUGCUCCCAGCGAGAUGCUGUACCCCAUAUAUAUUUAUAUAUCAGAGCUAAGGAAUGCUUUUCUUCAAAAACAUGGAUUAUUGUAGAUAGCUCAGAGUUCAGGAAAAAUCUUUUGAGUUACAAUCCAGUGCCCUGCCACAGGAGAAUUAAUUUGUUUUGUUUCCUAGGAAAAUUUUUGUUUCAUUUUCAAACUUCUGUUUGCUGUUCCUGUCAGUUGAGCAGCUUUCAAAAGUUAAGACGAAAGAUGUAUUACUGAUGAGUUUUCAAUAUUAGGAAGGAAUAUGUUUAAUUUGCUUAAAAAUACUGAAUAUUGGCCUUUCUGAAAAUUAGUGAGGGUUUUAUGGCAGAGGCUAGUGAAAUCAUAACUGGACCCAUUCUGAAUACAUUUUUAGUCCCUUUUUUUGGCGUUGUGGAUGGUUCAGUAGGGUUCAGGUGACUUUCCACAAUGAUGUGGCAAAAUUUCUUUAGCUUUGUUCAAACUCUGUAGGAGUUUGAACAAAGCUAAAGAAAUCCUAAAUCCCAAGCACUCUCAUUUAUUUCAGAGGUGAUGUGGACUUGUCUAAGAUCUUUCCUGAUAAGCUGUAGAUUCCCUUUAUUUAAUAAUACCUUAUGGGGAAGCUAAUAAUUUACAUUUCCUGUAUGUCAGAACAAAAACAGAUGACAACCUUCUUUCUCCAUACAUUUUGGGAAUGGGUAAUUCAGUGCUUUUUCCUAGUGAUGAGAGCUCUGGUGUUCAUUCCGCUCCUGUUACUGUUACGUGUAAAGGUUUCCUUUCUUCUGCUGGGUCUUUCAGUCAUAUCUUUCAAAACGAGAAGAACUUGCUAAUGUUAGCCACUACCUUUUUUCCUCAAAAAAAAAAACAACAAAACCCACCACAUUUUUGUUUUGUUUUGUUUUGUUUGGUUUGGUUGGUUGGUUUUUGUUUUUGUUUUUUUUUUUUUUUUUUACUAUUUGGGAUAGGUGGGAUUUUCCAGCUUUGGUAUUAAACUGUGGAAAAGUGGGCUGUUGCAGUUGUUGCAGUUUGAACAGAAGUUUUAGCAAUGGAGCUGGUUUUCCAAUAGUCUAGGGAGCCUAAAACAGUGUCUCAUAACAAAGGCUAGACAUAAAUUGAAUUAUUUUGUUUGACUAGAACUAUGUAAACAAAAUAGUCAAAUGGGAUGCAAGUGUACAGGACAAAUUGCUGUUUACACCCAAGUGUUUGGUGGUUCUCCAGUGCUGUGACAAGGGGCAAUGUCUGCAGCUGUGGCAUAACAGGAGAAAGGUACAAAGUCUAGGGUUUAUGGUCUGGAAUAUGGAGAUAAGACUGAAAUCCUUGCAAUAUAUUGUAAAUAUUACUGUACAGAAAUCUAUAAGAAAUACAGAUUUUUCUAUAUAUGUAUUACUUUUCUAAGGGGUAUAAGUCUACAUGUUUUAUUAAAUCAGCCAAGCAUUACAUGGGUGGGGAUUAAGCAGAAACUUUUUCUGGAGCAGGUUGUCCUGCCAUUGCCUCCUGUGAAGUUCUUGCAUCUGCUUUUGAAUCCUUUGAAAUGGAAUACUAGUUGGAUCUGAUAUGGAUGUUUCACCCUUGUUAUGCUUAUGUUCCUGCAAAUAAAACAGUGUGCUUUUGAAUGCAUACAAAUAAAACUA